UUGGGCACAAGAAACAACAGCGCGAUAUAGCGCGUGUCCGUGGGAGGAUCUAACGGCAGCGCUCCGUUCUCUACGGCCAGUUCACACACUGCGCCAAGCAAAAACGAAACCUUAAUCGCUGUCUCACUGAAACUUCACUUUAAUCAGAAGGAACAAGAACAAACAUUGAAGUAGGUCAGAUCCUUCUGCUGUAUCUGUCCCUCUGGUUUGGAGAAAUCUGUCUGUUCCAUUUUAAGUGAUGGCAGCUAUCCGUAAGAAGCUGGUGAUUGUGGGAGAUGGAGCCUGUGGGAAAACAUGUCUGCUGAUUGUGUUCAGUAAAGAUCAGUUCCCUGAGGUCUAUGUGCCAACAGUGUUUGAAAACUACAUUGCUGACAUCGAAGUGGAUGGCAAACAGGUGGAGCUGGCUCUUUGGGAUACAGCUGGUCAGGAAGACUAUGACCGGUUGAGGCCAUUGUCAUAUCCAGACACAGAUGUUAUUCUCAUGUGUUUUUCUAUAGACAGUCCAGAUAGUUUAGAGAAUAUUCCAGAGAAGUGGACACCAGAGGUAAAACAUUUUUGUCCCAACGUUCCCAUCAUCCUUGUGGGCAAUAAAAAGGACCUGCGAAAUGAUGAACACACACGCAGGGAGCUGAUGAAGAUGAAACAGGAACCUGUGAAACCAGAGGAGGGGCGUGACAUGGCAAACAGGAUCAGCGCAUUUGGAUAUCUGGAGUGUUCGGCUAAAACUAAGGAAGGUGUGCGGGAGGUGUUCGAAAUGGCCACCAGGGCGGCGCUGCAGGUCCGCAAGCGCAAGAAGAGGGGAGGAUGUCUGCUCCUGUAAGCCACACACUGAAACGCACACAACUCCGUCUACCUUCCAACAACUGACAACUGAGACCCAAGGAGAAACCUUUAUACAGCCGUCCCCCUUGUCGUACCGUUCAUCACAUUUUACACAACUGGGGUGUGGAUGACAGGAAAAUAUUUAUAGAGAAACCGAAGUGUGUGUUAAUACCCAAUACCUCUCCACUUUGUCAUUUUUUUUCUGUCUCGUUUUUUUCCUUUUCACCAGCAAAUCCUUUUCUCUUCUCUGCGAGAAAGACUGACUGAUUAAUUUUGUAUGUGUACAUAAAUCUUCUGUUUCUCUCUGUUCUGGUUUACAGUUAAUCUGUGCCUCUGUAUAUGAUAAGUUAAAAAAUUCUGACAUAUUUGGAACAAAAAAUACAUUUAUCAUUCAUUUAAACCAUCA